AUGGGCCCCUUUCGCCAUGGGCUAGCGUUGCUGGCGACAUUGCUGCUGUUGCUGGUACGGACGUACGCGAGCGACCGACUGGUCAGUGGCACCGGCAACACGGUGCGCUUUGAUCUCACCUUGACGUGGGAGGAUUGGGCACCGGCGGGUAUACCCCGGAAGAUGAUCCUAACCAACGGGCAAUUCCCAGGCCCGUCGCUUGAGCUGCGUCAGGGAGAUGAUGUGGAGGUUGAAGUGGUCAACCAACUUCCCUGGGGGACAACGAUUCACUUCCAUGGGAUUGCCCAAAGAAACACGCCGUGGUCCGAUGGAACCCCGGGAGUGUCCCAGAAACCCAUUCCGCCCGGUGGUCGAUUCCUCUAUAAAUGGCGCGCGACUGAAUAUGGGGCCCACUGGUACCAUGCUCAUUCUCGAGGACAUGUGGAGGAUGGACUGUUCGGGGCUAUUCAUAUUCGGCCGGAUGACUCUGUGGAGAGGCCUUUUCACCUCAUCUCCGAGGAUAGGGAGGCACUUGAUGCCAUGCGCAAAGCGGAGGGCAAGACCACGCCGAUCAUCUUGUCAGACUGGUCGCGAAUGACCUCGGAGGAGGUGUGGCAGGCUGAGGAGACAACCGGACUAGACGCGCUCUGUACCAAUGCUCUCUUAGUCAAUGGCAAGGGGUCGAUAAGCUGCUUGGGUAAAAAGAAGCUGGACUCGCUCCUCCAUCCCGGUCUAAAGUCCGUGCUGGGCAAUUCCAGCUUGACUGACAUCGGGUGUAUUCCCCCUACGAAUUCAAUUGUCCAGGGAAACUUCCAGCACAAUAUCAGUGCAAUUCCCACGUCGCUCUUCGGGGGUUGCGUUCCAUCUGACGGCCCGACUGAGAGACUCAUUGUCACGCCCUCCGCCAAAUUUGCCAGUUUUGAUCUCAUCAGCGCCGCCAGUGUGUCGUCGUUUAUGUUCGCCAUCGACGAGCAUUCUAUGUACGUUUACGCCAUCGACGGGCGAUAUAUCGAACCGACUAUAGCCGACGCGAUUACCAUCACCAAUGGGGCUCGUUAUUCGGUCAUGAUCAAGCUUGAUAAACCAGCGGCUGACUACAUCGUGCGCAUUGCAAACCAUGGCCUCAACCAGAUCAUCAACGGCACAGCUAUCAUGUCCUAUAACACGGCUGUCAAGGCCAGGAAACGGCUGUCAAUCCCGUCGAUUGAUAUCGCUGGAGAAGCCACAGUGACAAAUCUUACCAUUCUGGAUGAAUCCAGGACCGUCCCCUUCCCAGUAGAGGUACCAUCUCACGAGGUGGCCGAAACACAUAUCCUCGACAUUGACCGCCACAACCAGUCCUACCGCUGGAUCAUGGGCAACGCCAGCUACCCCAUGGCGCUCGAAGAGAGCUCUCCGCUGCUACUCCACCCCUCCACGGCGACCAACGAUCUCAGCAUCAAAACCCGCAACGGGACCUGGGUCGACUUGAUCUUCCGCGUCGCGAACCCCCUCCAGCCCCCUCACCCGAUCCACAAGCACUCCAACAAAUUCUUCGUCAUCGGCCAGGGAGAAGGGUACUGGAACUACACCUCCGUGGCCGAAGCCAUGGAGGACGUCCCGGAGAGCUUCAAUUUCCAAACCCCGCCGAUUCGAGAUACCUACGUCACUGUCCCCGCUGUCACGGGGCCGACCUGGUUGGCGAUCCGGUACCAUGUGGUCAACCCCGGGGCUUUCCUUUUGCAUUGCCACAUUCAGCCUCAUAUGAAAGGGGGCAUGAUGCUGGGACUGCUGGACGGUGUGGACGAGUGGCCCGAGAUCCCGGAGGAGUACCAGGGGGAUUUGGCGGGGUUCGAGUCUGAGGGAAUGUAGUU